CAGCCUCCCCGGUUUCGUCACUGACAGGCAUCCUGCACAAGGGCGAAUCCUUCGACUGAUCGUUGUUUGGUCACUUAGCAACCUACCCUUUACAUAUUACUCCGGUUCUCCGAUACGCGACUACCAUUGUUCAGGGCCAUGCCUUUGAACCUAGCUCGGUGCGGAGGGGGUGUUCUCCAACACCUCCAGCUUAGUGAGGCCUUCUCUCGUCCCGUUCGCCAGGCCAUCUCUCAGAGUCAUGUUAGACGCAUGUCCCUCGCCGCUCUGAGUCGCUUCUCGACCCCCAAUGUCAGAUAUGCACCUCUUUCCGCUGCCCUCUCCGGACACCUGACCAGCGGCUAUGCGACUGCGGCUUCCCCCAAGGGGCGCGCCAGCACCAAAUCGACUUCCACCAAGACGACCAAGUCUACGAAGUCCACCAAGACUACCAAGAAGCCCCGGGCAAAGAAGGUGCUCACCGAUGAGCAGAAAGCCGCCAAGAAGGAAGCUAAGGAGAAGAGCGACUUGAGACAGCUUGUGAAGCAGCUGAAGGCUGCCUCUCUUACGCCGCCCAAGAGGCUCACCAACCACUUCACCCUGACUAUGCUGAGCAAGCUUGAGGAGGUCAAGAAGGAAGGGAAGGGAUUGAAGGGCAAGGAGGCAUUCAAGGAGGCCGCCGACCGUGCCAAGAACAUCAGUGAAGCCGAGCGCGAGCAAUUUGUCGCUACUGCUGCUACCAACAAGGAAGCUUACGAGAAGGAAUACAAGGAGUGGCUCGACUCGCACAGUCCCUUGGAGAUUAAGCAAGCCAACGACGCCCGGCGAAGACUCGCCCAGAUUCAGAACAAGAAGUUCUUCCCUCUUCAUGACCCUCGCCUGGUCAAGCGCUCCAAGAUCGCGUAUUUGUUCUAUGCCGAGGAACGCCAUCAGGCUGGUGACCUCAAGUACAUGUCCAUCCCCGAGCGUGGUGUGCGGAUUGCGGAAGAAUGGCGAGGCAUGACCGCUGCAGAGAAACAGAAAUACGUGCGACUUCAAGAAGUUGAUGCCGACCGGUACGCCCGGGAAUACAAGGUCGUCUAUGGCGAGGAUCCCCCCUAUGUGGGAAAGAACGCGACUAAAUGAGCAUCCUGUAUAAGCAUUGUGGUAUGACUGUCAGGUAAUGAGGUGGGACGAUUGUUUCAAUACCAGGAAGGUCGAUUGUGUUUCAAGAUUCUGCAGGCGGGUCCUAGGGAUAAUGGUGUGUCAUUUGCCCACUCGGUCUUAGCUGCUUGCCUUCCAUGUUUUCGUGCACCUGUAUUCUCCAUUUGUAACGUGUCUUGAGGGAAUUGUACCCUAUGAAAGGAAACAUCCUUCCUUGUUGAUCAAGUGCUCGUAGGAACAAUGGGACGCCUGGCUGGGCUCACAAAAGCCGCAUAGUCGCGAUACAGUGACGUAUCCCGAGCCACGUGCCUGCGCAGGAGUCAUAGCCAUCUAUCCACAGCAACGAUCAACGGUCUCCCACCCAUAAGAGCUGAGACAUUUCUCGUCCUCUGGAUGUGUCGUUUUGGACGGGUAUCUGCUUGGUC